GCAAGGUCUAUAUAUGACCAUCGCUUGAUCGAUGCCCCCAACACUCCAGCAGUUCAGUUUUUCAGUGUCGAUCAGUUGAAAAGAAGGAGAAAACCGAAGAACAGUUGAUCCGCUGGACAUGUCUCCUGCCAGCUCGUUCGCGUCGCUCUGCCGGCACAGGCUGAUCCACAUCCACUGCACCACCCGCCUCGGCUGCGACAACCCGCCUGCCACGGCGGCGCAUUUUCUGGCGUUGGAUCGGCGGAGAUCGUUUUCGUCCUCUGGCCUGCGCCGUGGCAUCAGAGGAACCAGGAGCAGCGGCGGCGGCGCAGGUGGCACAGGACGACCUGCUGCAGGUUUCUCCACCUGGGCAAGACUGGCAAUUGGCUCCACUGUUGCUGUCGCGGCGCCGCUCCUGCACUCCAAAUCGGCGUCGAUUCUGCGGAUCGGAAAUGAGGUGGAGAUGGUGAAGGACGCCGCCGAGACCGCGGCGGAGGUCGUGGAGGAGGUGGCCACGGUGGCCGAGAAGGUGUCGUCCGAGGUGGCCGGGCAUCUGCCGGAGGACGGCAGGCUGAGACGCGCCGCGGUGGUGGUCGAGCACGCCUCCAAGGAAGUCGCGGAGGAGGCUCAUCUUGCACGAGACAUCAUCCACAAGGUUGACGAAAUUGAGGAGGACGUCAAGGCAAUUAUUGAACCGAUUAUGGAUCAUGGGAAGCACCAAAGGAAGCAUUUAGAAAAGUAGAUUUUUUUUUCUUUGUAGCCUAGAUUCAUCCGGGCCGCUCAUGGGACCGCGGAGACAACAGAGAAGCAUUCUAUAAAACUGCAUUAUUCAUGUCAAAUUCAUUUUCACAAUAAAAAUAAGUAUAUGGAGUUAUGGACAUUGAAAAA